AUGGCCUCACACAUGAUGCUGAACGUCCGUCAGGCUAUUCGCCGUCAGGCAGCUCCUCGACAGGUUACUAUCCGCUGCCUGGGAACUUUCAGGGUCCCUCCAAUUCGAAAUGAACCCAAUCCCACAUACGCAAAAGGUUCCCUGGAGCGCCAAAAGCUGCAGGAAGCUCUCGAUAGCCUCAAGCAACGUCUUCCACAAAGACGUCAUGCUGGAACCACGACAACCCCCAACUCGUACGCCUCCGCCACAAUCCCUCUUGCCAACGGGGAUGCUGCUGAGAUCACUGCUUAUCGCAACGCUAUACUGUCUUUCUUCACCAAACCCCACUCGCCUCUUUUCAGCGUCGACAAGAACUCCAUACUCAAUGCCCUCUUCAAGUCCACCAUAUAUCGACACUUCUGCGCUGGUGAAGACGUGGUGGAAGUUAAAAACACUAUCAACAACAUCAAAGACAUGGGAUUUAAGGGUGUAAUCUUGACACAUGCUCGGGAAGUCGUCAUUGAAGAAUCCGGAGAGCAGGAAGUUGGUUUUGGAGUCAAAGAACUCAAAGAAAAAGGUUUUCCGGCGCAAGAGCCAAUUUUAGACGAAGGAAUUGAAGCUUGGCGACAGGGCGUCCUGGAGAUCGCUUCCAUGCUUGAGAAAGGUGAUUUCUUAGCACUCAAGUUUACUGGAGCAGGAGCUGGAGAUUCUCUCAAUGCCCUCUAUGAAAAGGCUAUGGAGCGAAAGGCAAGCAUACUCAUCGACGCUGAACAACAAUUCGUGCAGCCUGCGAUUGAUGGCAUUGCACUCGUCCUCAUGCGUAAAUACAACCGGGAACAAGCAAUCGCUUACAACACAUACCAAGCCUACCUGAAGUCGACACCAUCCACCCUUCUUGACCAUGUUCACUGUUCCAAGGAUGAGGGCUUCACCAUUGGUGUCAAGCUAGUACGAGGUGCUUACAUGAACUCGGAGCCACGGGGGUUCAUCCACGACACAAAGCAGCAAACCGAUGACUCGUACAACAGCAUCGCUGAAGGUCUGCUGCAGCGUCGAUACGAGGAUCUCACGCCUAGCGGCUUUCCUAAGGUGGACUUGUUCCUCGCCACGCACAACAAGCAGAGUGCGCUGCACACACACCAGGUGCAGCAGCAGCGCGCCGAUGCGGGAUUGCCAUUGACCAAGGUCCAGUAUGGACAGCUUCUCGGCAUGGCUGAUGAGGUCAGCUGCGCGCUGCUCCAGCGCGCAGCGGACCCCAGGACGAACGGCCCUGCGUCCCCAGAGGUUUACAAGUGCUUGAGUUGGGGAACUCUGGGAGACUGUAUCUCAUACUUGCUCCGUCGCGCGGUGGAGAACAGGGAUGCGGUUUCGCGAACAAAGGUCGAGUAUUAUGCUUUGAGAAAAGAGGUCUGGAGACGAUUCAAGAAGUUGAUCCCAUAUCUUUGGCUGGCUCUUGACUAUGGUAACAUCGUCGUGCUGGCAAGUAACGACGUUGACCUCGUCACAGCCAUCGUCAACUCUGUGGACCUGCAGAUCAAGAGCCUGUCUAUCUCUGUUCAGGAAUCCCGGCACAUCUUCUGGAAGAUCAACCUCACAAUUUUGUGA